CACUCUGUUCUCUCGGUGUCCUGCGGACCGCCAGGGCUGCAUACCAGAAGUAACUGCAUGCGGGGUCUCUAGCUUGGGUGCCCAGUAACGUCCGGGACUCCAACCGGGCACCGAAGUUUAACGUGAGUCCCGGAGGCAGUCCCUGGACCGAGCAUGGCAUCCUCAACCUCUGAAGAACAGGGGAGUGCCUCCAGCAACUUCCUCCCCCAGAAUUCCAGUAACUACAUAUCCUUGGACUUUGAACCCAACAUGGAAUACCAAUUUGUGGAACAAUUAGAAGAACGUUAUAAAUGUGCAUCAUGCUGUUCUGUCCUUCACAACCCACAUCAGACUGGCUGUGGACAUCGAUUCUGUGAGAACUGUAUCCUGUCCUUGAGAGAAUUAAAUGCAGUGUCCAUCUGUCCUGUAGACAAGGAGAUUAUCAAACCCCAGGAGGUGUUUAAAGAUAAUUGUUGUAAACGAGAAGUCCUCAACUUACAGGUUUUUUGCAAAAAUGCUCCCCAUUGUGCUGCCAAGAUGAUUCUGGGGCGAUUCCAGGAUCACCUUCUACAGUGUUUGUUUCAAUCUGUGCAAUGUUCUAAUGAAUGCUGUCAGGAAAGAGUCCUUCGAAAAGAUUUGAAAGACCACUUGGGCUUACAUUGUCAGUUUCGAGAGGAAAUGUGCCCAUUUUGCAAAAAGGAUAUAGUGGUAAUCAAUUUACAGAAUCACAAGGAAAAAUUUUGCCCUGACUACCCUGUAUCUUGUCCCAAUAACUGUUUACAGAUUAUUCCAAGAACUAAGGUUGAUGAGCAUAUUACAGUAUGUCCUGAGGUGGAACAAGAAUGCCCCUAUAAGCAUUAUGGCUGUCCUGUAAAGGACAAAAGGGUAAAUAUUAAGGAACAUGAGAAUUCUGCCUUGAGAGAACACAUGCUCCUGGUGUUAGAAAAGAAUUCCAGAUUAGAAGAACAGAUUUCUGACUUGCACAAGAACUUAGAAUUAAAAGAAAGUAAAAUUCAACAGUUAAGUGAAACUGUGAAGAAAUUUGAAAAGGAGUUCAGGCAGUUUGUACAGCUAUUUGGUAAAAAUGGCAACUUGCUGGCAAGUACCCAGGUUCUCGCCAGUCAUAUUGAUAAAUCUGCUUGGUUGGAAACUCAAGUAAGGGAGUUACUAGAGGUGGCUAACCAGCAGCAAAACAAAUUUGAUCUAAGACCUUUGAUGAAUACAAUCGAUACUAUAAAGCAGAAGAUCACUUUGCUGGAAACCUAUGACCAGAGAUUGGUCACUUUGGAAGGCCAAACUAACAGACAUGAUGCCCACAUUAAUGCCCACAAAGCCCAGCUGAAUAAAAAUGAAGAGCGAUUUAAAAUGUUAGAGGGUACUUGUUAUAAUGGCAGAUUGAUAUGGAAGGUGACAGACUACAAGAUGAAAAAAAGAGAAGCUACAGAAGGGCGCACAGUGUCCAUAUUCAGCCAGCCUUUCUACACCAGCCGCUGUGGCUAUCGACUCCGUGCAAGAGCUUACUUGAAUGGGGAUGGAUCAGGGAAAGGGACACAUUUAUCACUGUAUUUUGUGGUGAUGAAAGGGGAAUUCGACUCAUUGUUGCAAUGGCCUUUCAAGCAGAGGGUUACCAUGAUGCUUUUGGACCAGAGUGGAAAAAAGAACCACAUUACAGAGAUCUUCAAGGCUGACCCCAAUAGCAGUAGCUUUAAAAGGCCUGAUGGAGAGAUGAACAUUGCAUCUGGCUGUCCUCGUUUUGUGGCACAUUCUACUCUGGAGAACACCAAGAACACCUACAUCAAAGAAGAUACCCUGUUUAUGAAAGUGGUUGUAGACCUAUCUGAUCUUGAGGACCUGUAAAAAGUACCCAGAUUCAUUGUUGCUAUGAAGAGAGAAACUCUUGCCUUCACAAUAAUGAAUGUCAGACUUAACUGCCAGCGUGAACUGUAUUUCAACCCAUUACUAAGGUGUGUUUAGAUUUCUUCUCUUAAUAUCUUAAAGCUAUAUAAAAAUGCCAGAGUUCUAGCUUGUCUUUUCUUAUCAAUAGGCUGAAUGUACGCUCUAUUUUGAUUGUUAGAACAAUCCUGUUACUAUGUAUCUUUUGAUGUAUAUACCUUUCUAUCGAAUUAGAUUUUGGGUUCUUUGAGGGCAGGAACUUUUGUAUCAUUAGCACCCACAAAGGUGCUUCUUGUUAUAUUUGUCGAUGGUGUUACUAAUGAUGAUGAUAAGAUAAAAAUAUGUCUCUAGACAUGACUUUGCAAAUGAAGAAAUACCUUUCCUGAAGUUUUUACUUUGUAAAUGAGUGAUUUUACUACAGGUCUAAGAUAUCUAACUAGAACCAGAUCCUUUUGGGCAAUGCGCUAAACCCAUGAUUACUUGGGCUCUAUUAAAAUUUUUAUGAAGCUCUUCAGUGAUCUAUAUGCAUAGUACUGUAAAUCUACUGGAAGCAAGGUAAAUAGUUUGAACAUUUGCCCUUCCUUCCCAGGGUGGAGCAAAAAGAUGCUGAAAAGCACAAAAAUAGGGUGAUAGAGAGGUGUGUCCAGCUAAUAUUUAGCCUCUAUAAUAGAAAAAGAACUUUAUUAUCUCUAGUUGAAGAUUUAGAAUCUACAGGUUAGUAGGAUGAGAAACACUUUGAAACUCCCAAAUGAAUUACUUGGGAGAUGGGGAAAAUUUUGUAUAGUGAAGAAAAGAGUGAGGAUAAUGAUGUCUGGUCAUGUGGCAAAAGCCAGGGAUAAUCGAUGGGCAGCCUGUGUGCUCCAGUGGUAUCCUUACAGUGUCAAGAGAAAGCUAAGGAGAUCCCCAGCAUACUGAGUGGAUUCUUUGUGGAGAACUUAUGGGUGGACAUUGACAGGAGUAUCACAGGAUGGUAAGGCAUGGAUGGAUUGUGUGCCUCAUUAGAUGAGAUCAUAGAUCCAUUUGAGUAUUAUUAAAGAAAAUAGAAUAAGGAGAUUCCAAAAAGGCUUUAAAAUGAUCAGUUUCAUUUGGGCUUUGAAAUUGAUUUUAAAAAUAGUACACCUAUCAAAUACUAAUUUCAAAAAGUGAUUUUUUUUUUGAGAGGAAUUGAAAGUGUGGUGUAACAGAUAUUGUAUUGGGCUCAGGGUCAGGAAAAUCUGGGUUCAAAUCCCAACUGUUAACACUUAUUAGCUAUGUGACUAUGGGCAAAUCAUUUAAUCUUAAUGAGGCUCAGUGUCCUCAUCUGCAAAAUGGGGGUGAUACCUGUAGUACCUACCUCAUAGGCUUGUUAGGAGGUGGAAAUAAUAUAUAUUGUGUUUGGCACACUUUGAAAUGCUAUAUGGAUGUCAGUUAUUAUAUGAAAAUGGGCAUAUAGGAAUGCAUAAAACUUACUUGCAUCAUUGUUAAUUAUUUCAGACAUAUUACUGACAGGAACUUUGUAUAGAAUGGAAAGGAUAAAGUUCUCGUGCACAUGUGUAGUUCUAAGAGUGGAUACAAAUCUGAAUAAAAGAAUAACCAAAAUAAGCCAAAGAAUAACACUUUGACUGAGUGCAAUGUUCCCUGUAACCUUGUUGUCAUAUGCAGUAUUUUCUUAUGUUAUUUAAAAAUUUCAUGCAAAAGAUAGUUUAUUAAUGUUAAAAGGUAAAUAGCUCAGUUGUAUAAAGGUAAUAAUGACCUCCUAAAUAGUAAUGGCAGUAUCAGCUUUAGAAAAUAUCAACUGUGUAAAUAUCUCCUGAGACUGACGGAAACCAUAGUCACUUUCUGUAAAACAUUAGGAUGUUGAAGAGUUGUAAAGCAGUUAGUUUUCAGAAGGGUCAAACUAUUUAUAAAGACAUAUGGAAACAACAGCUUUUCACUGAAGAAUCCCUCUGUAACUUCUGGUGAAUUUUGUUGUGUUUUGUGGAUUUGUAAUGUGAACAGAUGCUCUCAGACAGACUGAAAGCAUUUUAUUAUUUUUUAAUUCAUAGUAAGCCCAGGUGGCUACAAUUAUUUAUGAUGAUUUUUCAAUUUUUUAUCACUUUUUUAAGCCACAACUGUCUGUUCUGAAGGGUCAUGAAAACAUGUUUAUAAUAAGUUUGGUGUAAAAUAAAAAACAAGUGUUUGACAAAAAUCUAUUUUCAUCAAACUAUGUAUAAAAGGUCUGAUUUUGAAUUGGUUCAAACUGCCAUUAAUCAAGGAUUAAGAUAUAAAAAGAAUUGUGGUAGAAAACUUAUCAUUUUUGUUGACAAAAUAAAAGUGGCCUGUGUUUUUAAAAA